GAUGCGCACGCGCGGCGCCUCACUUCCGGUGCUCGCUCGCUCUCUCGCUGGGUCGCUCGGGUCGGCUUCGGUCGCCGUCGCUUCCGCUCUGCCACCCCCGCCAACUGCCGCUCGGGCCUCGGCCGCUGCCGCGUCAGCCCCUCGCUUGUUUCAGCGUUCCUCUUGCCUGAUGCAGCGCCGGGACGACCCCGCCGCGCGCAAGACCCGGUCCUCGGGCCGCAGCGGCUCCAUGGACCCUUCAGGUGUCCGCCCCUCGGUGCGUCAGACGCUGUCUCGGCAGCCGCCGCAGCCUCUCCGGCCCCGGGGAGGCGGAGGGGCCAGCCGGGGGGGCGCCCGGGCCAACCCCGCCACGCAGCCGCCACCGUUGCUGCCGCCGUCCGCCACGGGUCCCGACGCGACAGUGGGUGGUCCGGCGCCGACCCCGCUGCUGCCGCCGUCCGCCACGGCCGCGGGCAAGAUGGAGCCGGAGAACAAGUACCUGCCCGAACUCAUGGCCGAAAAGGACUCGCUCGACCCGUCCUUCACUCACGCGAUGCAGCUGCUGACGGAAGAAAUUGAGAAAAUUCAGAAAGAAUCAAAAAAGGAUGAUGAGGAGAAUUACUUGGAUUUAUUUUCUCAUAAGAACAUGAAGCUGAAAGAACGGGUAUUGAUUCCUGUCAAGCAGUAUCCCAAGUUCAAUUUUGUUGGAAAGAUCCUUGGACCACAAGGAAAUACAAUAAAAAGACUGCAGGAAGAGACUGGUGCAAAAAUCUCUGUGUUGGGAAAAGGCUCGAUGAGAGACAAAGCCAAGGAGGAAGAACUGCGCAAAGGUGGAGACCCCAAAUAUGCUCACUUGAACAUGGAUCUGCAUGUCUUCAUUGAAGUCUUUGGACCUCCGUGUGAGGCUUAUGCUCUCAUGGCACACGCCAUGGAGGAAGUCAAAAAGUUUCUUGUGCCAGAUAUGAUGGAUGAUAUCUGUCAGGAGCAAUUUCUAGAGCUGUCCUACUUGAACGGAGUUCCUGAGCCCUCUCGUGGCCGAGGGGUGCCAGUGAGAGGCCGAGGAGCUGCACCUCCCCCCCCACCUGUUGCAAGAGGCCGUGGAGUUGGACCACCUCGGGGGGCUUUGGUGCGUGGUACCCCAGUGAGAGGAGCCAUCACCAGAGGUGCUACCGUGACUCGGGGCGUGCCACCCCCACCCACUGUGAGGGGCGCUCCCACAUCAAGAGCGCGGACAGCAGGCAUUCAGAGGAUACCUCUGCCUCCACCUCCUGCCCCCAAAACCUACGAAGAAUAUGGAUAUGAUGACACAUAUGCAGAACAGAGCUAUGAAGGCUACGAAGGGUAUUACAACCAGAGCCAAGGGGACUCAGAGUAUUAUGACUAUGGACAUGGGGAGGUUCAAGAUUCUUAUGAAGCUUACGGCCAAGACGACUGGAAUGGGACCAGGCCAUCUCUGAAGGCCCCUCCGGCUAGGCCAGUGAAGGGCGCAUACAGAGACCAUCCAUAUGGACGUUAUUAAAAACAAACAGGAGGGGAAAAUAGCAGUUAUGAGCAAAGUUGUUACUGAUUUCUUGUAUCUCCCAGGAUUCCUGUUGCUUUACCCACAACAGACAAGUAAUUGUCUAAGUGUUUUUCUUCGUGAUCCCUUUCUUCCCACCUUACUCCAUUCUUAACUCUGCAUUCUGGCUUCUGUAUGUAGUGUUUUAAAAUGAGUUAAAAUAGAUUUAGGAAUAUCGAAUUAAUUUUUUUAAGUGUGUAGAUGCUUUUUUUUCCUUUGUUGUUUAAAUAUAAACAGAAGUGUACCUUUUCUAAUAAAAAGUUGAGAAAAAAAAACACAAACCUGUUAGUUUCAAAAGUGACAUUGCUUGCUUAAAGGUUCUGAAGUAAAGGCUUGUUAACUUUCUCUUAGUUUUGAUUUGAGGCAUCCCGUAAAGUUGUAGUUGCAGAAUCCCAAACUAGGCUACAUUUCAAAAUUCAGGGCUGUUUAAGAUUUAAAAAAUCACAAACGUUAAUGGCAGUAGGUGCCACCAUGCAAAAGUGAGCUCAGACGUCUCUAAAAAUGUUUCCUUUAAAAGCACAUGGCGGUUGAACCUUAAAGUUAAAUUUUAAUAUGAAAGAUCCUCUUGAAUUAAAUAGUUGAUGGCAAUUUUUUAAUGUUAAUUGAUUAAAACAACAACAACAAAUUAGGUUUGUAAAACUGACUUUUUCAUUAUGUGGGUUUUGAAAUCUAGCCCCAGACAUACAGUGUUGAGAGAUACUUUGGGGGGAAGUAGGUUCUGAAGAGGUCAAUCGAGGGAGAGGGGCCGGCCACCUGACUUGAAUUUGAUGGAAGGCUUUUGAGCCAGUCUUUUGAUGAUAGUACCAACUACUAAAAUUUCAGUAUUUAAAAAGACAAAGUGUUUUGUCCAUCUGAGAUUCUGCACUCCAUGAAAAACUCACUUGGACAUUGGGGUCAAAAGGCAAUGAUUUUCUUGAGUUGACGAUUGUCAAUUUUGAGCUGUUUCCAAAGUAGCCAGUCAAGUAUGUCUCAACACUAGCAUGAUAUAAAAAGGGACACUGCAGCUGAAUGAAAAAGGAAUCAAAAUCCACUUUGUACAUAAGUUAAAGUCCUAAUUGGAUUUGUACCGUCCUCCCAUUUUGUUCUUGGAAGAUUAAAUGCUACAUGUGUAAGUCUGCCUAAAUAGGUAGCUUAAACUUCUGUCAAAAUGUCUGCAGCAGUUUGUCAAUAAAGUUUAGUCCUUUUUUAAUCAAAGUAAAUGUGAUGAAUUGUCAUUUUUUUGGGUGGACAAUAAAAUAAUUUUCUAUUUCAAAUAAACUUAAAUUAAUUCUAAAGUUAAUGGGCUUGUUAAAAUUUGGAGACAUUCUUAAAAGUGGUUGGGGGGUUUAUUUUAAGUUUACCAAAAAAAAGUUUAUUGAGUUGUUAAGUUUUAGUUUAAAAAUAACCAAAGCUUUUUCACCCCCUGGAAGUUGUUGAAAGCAGUUUUAUUCAAUCAUAUCAAAAGUUAUCAUUUCUGGAGAGAAGAAGCCAACUAAGUCAGGACCGGGGUUGGUUUCCAUGCAUAGGUCUCAGUAUUUAAAGUGCCAGCUACCCUAGUUGAUAUCUUCUGUAGAGUCCCUAGGUGGCCCUAAAGAGUGACAUCAAAUCGUCUGUGACUUUGGAAAAGGAUAUAGUGCCUGCUUUUAGAUCUGGCUAUUCAGCAAACUUUGGAUGCCCUAAAGGGUGUCCCUUCCAAUCCUUGAAAUGCUCUUAAGUACUCCACUGGGCUGGGCUGGAUCUGGCCUGCUAGGCUGGCUCUGAACUCGCUCCAAAGAGACCAAGACAGGAAAUGAUGGAAUUGGUGGCCCUGCUUCCACUUUUCUGUGCUAAUUCUCAGGGUUCUCAGGUCUUCUCUAAGAGAGCCACCUAAACUGCUCGGGGGUGAAAAAUCCUCUUGUAUGAAGUGCCAAGCUGCCUGUAGCAGUGCAUGAUGGGCAUUUUUUUUCUUUUUAAAACACACCAACAAAAAAAAAUGUAUUUGUAGAAUGUGAUAAAGUGUAAAUAACUGAAUUUUCAACCAUGGUUUGAAGUCAGCUUUCAGGGCAUUAUGUCUUGUUUUGAUGAAAAGAGAUCACUCUAUACCCCCCUUUUUAAAGGAAAAUUAUCGCAAGAGAAUCAGGAUGUGUAAAGCUAACAUGCAUCGCAAAAAACCAAAGGUAACCUAAAUGUCUGAUUUUAAUAGCACAUAUUUCUCUUUUAUAUAAACUGUGACAGCAACUUGCAUAAACAAUUCUCUAGCUGUUAAUUUUAAUGUUAAAACUUUGCAAAACUUGUUUAAUAAAAGUAGCUGUAAAAAGAAAAACCAUAUGCUGCCGCAUAAAUUAGCCAUAACUCUUAAUAAUCCUGCCCAUCACAAGUGAACUGUAAUGUAACCUGGGCACAUAGUCUGACAUCUUAAAUGACACAUUGUAAAAUUUCAAUGACUGUAGAUUAGACCUUCUGCACCCCAAAGUAAAGCUUUCUGCUCAGUUACUUUAAAAUGUACAAGGAUGAACCCCUAUAGGUCCCCAUAUUGAUAUUCACAAUGAAAUGUUACUUAAAAUUUCUCAAAAGUUGCAUGUUUCUCUCCUGUAAUGUGUAAACUGCAUGCAGGAUCUCUUUAUCUUUUAUUUUUUGUGUCUUUUUGAAACUUCCUCUUCAAAAGACUGAUCUCUUCUUUCUCAAUUUUCAGGUGACUGACAGCUCCAUAGGCACCUGCCAGAAUAGGAUCGGUGAUGAAGAUGGACAGCAGCCGCCGCCGAAGACUCGAGCCCCGGAGAGCUAGCUGCUGGCCUGAGAGCCUGUGCUGAGCCCGGAGAACCCCCUGGGGAGAGGAGAGCAGCACCCCCCCAUCCCUCUGGUUUACUCACAAGCCAGCCAAGAUCCCAGAAUAGAAACCUCAGGGUUGUAAGGGGCAGUGCCCUGUCAGUUCAACCUACUCCAGAAUUCACAUCGAGUGUCAAGGGCACCAACAGUAUUCCCACCGGGCCACUCCUAAGGAGCUGUUCCCAGCCUGCCUGCUCCCUUUACUCAGCUUCUUGCGCAACUGAUGGGAACACCAGCCGCUGCCUCCUACUCCCUCACCACACCCACGUUGCCAGGGCGGCUCUGGGAGUCCUGGGCACUUGCAGAGAGAGCGGUCGCCCCUGGGGAGAGGGAGCCGGCUCCUGGGCCCCAGGCAGGGUGUUCAGUCUCAGAGCCAGCUUUCUCUUUGCUGUUGAGGACUCCCCAUGUCUGACAGUCCCCCAAAGAGCAGGUGACUUUUCUGCGUCCCCUGUACUACCAUCUCGUCCCCAGCAAGCACCUGCCCUGCAUAGCUCAAUAAAGAUUUGGUCCAGUGAUGUACCACCCCA